AAGUGGUCCACGAGACCCUCAGGAAUUCUCAAGUGGUCCACGGAAAAACAAGUUGGAGAGCCCCUGCUCUGACUGAUCAAAAAGAAAACAACAAAACAAGGUGAACCAGGACGACUUUAAGUGAGGAGUUACUGUAGAUUGCGUGAAAGGCGCUGGGCAGAGGGGGUUGGGACUUGGACCUGUUCUGGGCACCACCAAAAUUAUACAAAACCGCCCGCACCCUACACACACACACACACACACACCCCCAUUUCUGCCUUGCUCUGAAAUGCAAGUGCUUAGAGCUGGGAGCCAGGGCUCCUGGGUUCUUUCUUCAGCUCUAGGGGAAGUGGGGGGAGUGGUUAGUGCAGGGGGGACUUGUGGGUCAGACUCCCAGGCUGUGUUGUCAGACCCGUGUCCCCGUCCCUCUGUCUAACCCUUGGCCUGUGCUGAAGAGUCGCUGGGACUGACCCUGCAGCCAGCGUAACGCAGCAGGCGUGAGGGGCUCUCAGGUGGACCCUAUAGUGGGAUGGGACCCUGCAGGACCCCCCCAGAACAGCGGGAGCGGGUAAAAUGUGCUUUGUUGGGGGUGGGAUCGAUGGAAAAAAACCAGGCUGCGGUAAUUGGCGGGAAAACACUAAAUCUCAUAAAUAUACUAAGAGUUGCCGACUGGGGAAACUGCUAAAUAUUUUGUUUCAGCUUCUCUUUCCUCUCCGUGUUUAUCUCCCUCGCUCCAAAUCUCAGACUCGUUCUGUGAUAACAGGAGUAAAGUGUGUUUGUACCUGGUUCAAGCAAGAUUGUUUUCUUCUCUUUGUGGUAAAAAUUGUCUCUGAAUUCCAUGGGUACAGAUCAGAUCUUCACCCACCGGUUUCUCUCUGUUGGUUGGCUGGUUUUAGCAGCCUGGGGGAAUCAGUGUCUCUUGCGGGAUUUGCGGGAUUUAAGGUUUUUGUGGCUGGGAGGGGGAUGAAAAUGCCAAAAACAAAGCAGGGCACUUUCGGCUCUACUCUGAGACCGGAUGUGUGGUGCCCCCAACUGGCGGCUACGCCCCUCCGGGCAGACCCAGCUCUCCCGUGUCUCAGGUGAAGUUUUGCUGCUCUCCCCCAUGGCCACGAGCCCUCAUUGCCCCGGCCAGCUGAGCGCCCAGGCUGGGCUGCGCCCGCACCCUGGGGGCUGCUCCCCGCUCUGCAGCCAGGCGGCGGCCCCUGGGAGCACUGCCAGCCCCAGGGCCCCAGCAGGGUUCAAUGGCUCCUGACUCCUCCUCUCCUCACAGCCCAUCUGUGCCAGCCGUCCCUGGGGCACCAAAUGCAACCGGGAUCCUCCCUCACCUGCUCCGUGGGGGCCAACUGCCCCAAUGGCCCCUCCUGGUACGACCGAGAUGGCGCACGGCGGAGCCCAGGGCAAACCUCGGGCAGGUCUGGGGCGUCCGAGCUGCAAAUAUCCCCGUCCCAGCUGAAUCCUGGCGUGGCUCUGAGAUGCCAGGUGGAUGGAUACAGGGAUGAGUGUGACUCUGACCAAUCCCAGCCCCUGGGGACAGUCGAGGUUUCGUGGCCAGCAGGGAAGGCAGCACUAAGGGAAGGCGACGGUUUUACCCUGCGCUGCCAGGCUGCUGCCCUGCGGCCCAUCGCCGGAUACGUCUGGUCCCACGGGGAUGUGUGGCUGCCAGAAGCUGGGCAGGAUUUACGUGUUGAGAAGGCAGCCGUCUCCGACGGAGGGAGCUACGCGUGCGGGGUCUGGGUGUCCGGCCCCAGCUGGGGGUAUCUGAGCCUCUCUGCGAGGGCUGAUGCCCCCACAGGUGUUCGCGUUACGGCAGCGCCGGGCACCAGCCCGCAGGCAGGGGAAUCGGUGACGCUAACGUGCAAUUACACCAGCAGCCUCCCCGCCCCCAACUCCUACACCUGGUACCGGGGCGGCCGGCAGCUGGAGGGAUCCCGGCAGGAAAUGGUGUUGAAGAACAUCACGGCGGAGCAGGCUGGGGAGUAUCGCUGCCAGGCCGACAAUGGGAUCGGCCAGUCCCCGUCCCCCCCCAUCACCAUCACCGUCCUGUAUGCCCCCACAGGUGUCCGCGUUACGGCAGCGCCGGGCACCAGCCCGCAGGCAGGGGAAUCGGUGACGCUAACGUGCAGUUACACCAGCAGCCUCCCCGCACCCAACUCCUACACCUGGUACCGGGACGACCGGCAGCUGGAGGGAUCCCGGCAGGAAAUGGUGUUGAAGAACAUCACGGUGGAGCAGGCUGGGGAGUAUCACUGCAAGGCCGACAAUGGGAUUGGCCAGUCCCCGUCCCCCCCCAUCAACAUCACCGUCCUGUAUGCCCCCACAGGUGUCCGCGUUACGGCAGCGCCGGGCACCAGCCCGCAGGCAGGGGAAUCGGUGACGCUGACGUGCAGUUACACCAGCAGCCUCCCCGCCCCCAACUCCUACACCUGGUACCGGGGCGACCGGCAGCUGGAGGGAUCCCGGCAGGAAAUGGUGUUGAAGAACAUCACGGCGGAGCAGGCUGGGGAGUAUCGCUGCCAGGCCGACAAUGGGAUCGGCCAGUCCCCGUCCCCCCCCAUCACCAUCACCGUCCUGUACGCCCCCACAGGUGUCCGCGUUACGGCAGCGCCGGGCACCAGCCCGCAGGCAGGGGAAUCGGUGACGCUAACGUGCAGUUACACCAGCAGCCUCCCCGCCCCCAACUCCUACACCUGGUACCGGGGCGGCCGGCAGCUGGAGGGAUCCCAGCAGGAAAUGGUGUUGAAGAACAUCACGGCGGAGCAGGCUGGGGAGUAUCACUGCCAGGCCGACAAUGGGAUCGGCCAGUCCCCGUCCCCCCCCCUCACCAUCACCGUCCUCUACGCCCCCACAGGUGUCCGCGUUACGGCAGCGCCGGGCAGCAGCCCGCAGGAAGGGGAAUCGGUGACGCUAACGUGCAGUUACACCAGCAGCCUCCCCACCCCCAACUCCUACACCUGGUACCGGGGCGGCCGGCAGCUGGAGGGAUCCCGGCAGGAAAUGGUGUUGAAGAACAUGACGGCGGAGCAGGCUGGGGAGUAUCGCUGCCAGGCCGACAAUGGGAUCGGCCAGUCCCCGUCCCCCCCCAUCACCAUCACCGUCCUGUACGCCCCCACAGGUGUCCGCGUGUCGGCAGCGCCGGGCACCAGCCCGCAGGCAGGGGAAUCGGUGACGCUAACGUGCAAUUACACCAGCAGCCUCCCCGCCCCCAACUCCUACACCUGGUACCAGGGCGGCCGGCAGCUGGAGGGAUCCCGGCAGGAAAUGGUGUUGAAGAACAUGACGGCGGAGCAGGCUGGGGAGUAUCGCUGCCAGGCCGACAAUGGGAUCGGCCAGUCCCCGUCCCCCCCCAUCAACAUCACCGUCCUCUCCACCCCCCGUGUUUGGGCUCCCGCGUACAUCCUGGGACCUGCAGUUGCGCUCGUCCUGCUGCUGCUGGUGGGGCUGGUCGGCGUCACAGCUUGGAGGAAGAGGCGGAGCAAACGCCAGGGACUGAGCAGCGAUCCGGACCAACCGGGCCCGGGGGAGACCCCGAUGUCUGAACGCAUCUAUGAGAACACCCAGCACUAUGGCAUGGGGAAGCCAGCCCGCCUGGCCCCACCCAGGGCCCCCAGCGCGCCCACCGAGGUGUUCCCGGGCUCUCCGGAUGGCACCGGGCAAUCCCACAUCUACAGCCAGCCCAUGAAGAUGGGCAGAGUACUGCAGAGUGACCCGGAUGAGGUCCACUACUCGGCCAUCCAGCUGCAGCAUCCCACCCGGAGAGCGGAGCCUGCCGCCGACCUCACCUGCGAAUACGCUGUUAUUAAGCGCUAGGAUCCAGCUGCGGCUCACCUGGCACUUCCCCCUACGGCCGCCAGCCAGCUGCACAUGCUUGCUGCUUGCGCCGGCUUCUCAGCUAGGGAUCCCGCGAGGCAGCGGAGGGGCAAUGAGGAGACACGAGACAAACAGAUUUCCAAGGCCAGAAGGGGCCAGUUUGAUCGGCUGCUCUGACCUGGGCCAGAGCCGACCGCCACAUUCAGAGGCGACCUCCAGUGGAAUCCGGCUGCGCGGCCCCCCCAGUCCCCGACGCACAGAGAUCACUUGGGGAGGGGUCAGAGAAGAGCCAGGAGAACGACUCAAGGAUUGGAAGACAGGCGGGAGUCAGACUCCAGGCGCUCAGUUUAUCCAGCGUCACACGGAGAAGGUUGAGGGGUGACUCAGUCCCCUCUAGAAAUAUCCCCCCCGGGGAACAGACAUCUGGCGAGAGCGGGCCCCUCGAUCUAGCAGGCCAAGAUCCAGCGGGCGGGAAGUUGAAGCUAGACAAAUUCAGACUGGAAAUAAGUUGGGAAUUUAUAACAGGGAGGGGAAUUAACCCUGGGAACAAUCUACCCAGGGCUGAGGCGGGUUCUCCAUCAGGGAUGCCACUUAUCCGGUUUUCACCCGGACAGUCUGGGUUUCAGCUUGUGUGUCCAGGCGCCUUGUGACAACCCUGAUGACCGGUUUUUUUGAUCUGGGGGGGAAAGAGGUGAAGCAGGGGCGGGGCCUUGAGGGAAGAGGCGGAGCAGGGGCGUGGCUUUGGGGGAAGAGACAGGGCAGGAGCGGGGCCUUGGGGAGAAGAGGUGGAGCAGGGAUGAGGCCUGGGGACAGAGGCUGAGAAGGGGGCGGGGCCCUCAGGGAAGAGGCGGAGCACAAGGCGGGGCCUCGAGGGAAGAGGCAAUGCAGGGGGUGGGGCUUUGGGGGUCCAGUUACCAGCCAUUAGAAAGGUGGAAACCCUGUUCUCCACUGGUGGCAAUUCUGCCCUCGAGAUGGGAUGUUUUGCUUCAAGGGCGGCUCUUGUUCAGCCACUGAUGAAUUCAGGGCAGCCCCACGGCCUGGGCAACACAUGAGGCCAGGCUGGGUGAUCUCCCCACCCCCGUCUGAGCUCAGAAUCUGGGAAUUAGGCUCCAAAUUCAGAGGUUUGCUGGAUCUGGAUUCUUAGAGGUGGCCCCGUAAAUGGGGCAUUCAAGGGGGUGACACAGGGAUCGGAGGGUGGAGGGAGGCACUAAGGCCCAGCUCCUGGAAGGCGUUUCGGUGCCUGACUCCCCUGGGGCUUCAGCCCCACGGAAGGGCUGUUUCUCUCACUUCCCAUUGACGCAAUAGACAUCCCAGGCUUCAGCGCGAUGCAGACACAGCAGGGCUCUGCUGGACUCACCCUAUAAAGCUUUAGCACUAAAACACAAAACGUCGACUGUCUUCUUGUAGCCGCGUGGCCCGGGCCGUAAGAGAGACAAGGUGGGUGACGGAAUCUAUUUUUUCAGACCAACUAGUGUUGGUGGAAGGGCCCCACUUUGGAGCGUCUCCGUCGGUCUGGAGAAGAAAACCAGGGGAAUCCAGGCCUGGGUGGGACAGACUCUCUCGGCUUGUUUCUCGCAUUGCUCAGGAAGUCGAUGUCGCUGUUCUGUUCGGCUCCUUUGCCACAUUGAGAAGUUUCCAUUUUCAAUGGGAAAGUUCUGAGGCCAUGGUGAAGCGCGACACCUCGUCCCUUCCACCCGUGGGGCCAGUACAAGAUCUGACCUCCCCUGGCCUCCUCUCGCUUAAACACAAACCAGCGACAUCACGUGCUGAAAUCUACAAAGUAAAUAGCCUUCAGUCAAACUGUCGCUGUAGUUUUCCAUGAUUAUUGAUGGAAAUGGUUUGUUCGGGGGGUGGGAUACGGUGAAAUCGACAUUUACCACCAUUGAGCAAUGAAACAAAUUGAAUUCUUCCAAGCCUACAUGUAUUUAUGCCAUGCCAAGCAUCAGUGAGAGACCAACCUUAUAACCAAUAACCAAUAUCCACCCUUAUUCUAAGCUAAUGCACUGAUUUCCUUAUGGCGGAUUCUAGGCCCAGUUGCCUCACCUCUUACUUACCACUUAGUAGUUCACUUCGUACGUUCAGUUAGGAUGUCCACAGGCUUGGAGGAUUUGGUUUUUAGUGGUAAACAUCAAUUUCGCCGUACUCACACCAACCGCCAAAACAUAUUUCCACUGGUAAUAAUUGACAUGGGCAGAUGGGCCAAGUAAGAAACCUGUGGCUUGAGAACUCAGUGUUUGAUUUUAGGGUAUUUAGUUGGCUAUUUUGAACAGGGAUGUUGACAAUUCAUGUUUUAAGAGUUGUAAAGUGUUCACUCUUUCAACCGCGACACAUGCAGUCAUGAAUUAAAUAUUGGCUGACACCCCUCCCCAUGGUUUCCUGCCAUUAGGACAAUUUAAAUUGAUUAAAUUGGUUUAAAGGCCAUAAUUCUGUACAAUUGUAAAAAUUUUAAAUCAAUCAAAAUCUGAAACAUACUUAAAAAUAAAUAUCGAUAUUAUCUGUUGAAAUUAGGG